AUGCUCGACUUGUUGAUGGAGGACAUUGGCAAGAUGGAUUGGACGCAGGAGGUCGUCCCAGUUGCGAACGACAUAAUCUUAUUCCUAUGCAUCCACCGGUGCACGCGUGCCUUCCUGCAGAGUCCCAAGCUCCACGGCGAGAAGGUGAUGCAGGCCUUGCGACCGGUGGGUACGCACUUUGGGACGCAGCACAUCGCAGUGUCUCGUCUGCUCUAUAUUCACUCGCAGCGGACGCGGAUGGUGGUGCACAAGGAUUGGGAGGAGCAGGGAGGAAGCAAGCUGAUCAAAAAGGCUUUUGAGGCAUCGGCAAUGGAUGCAGAGUGGUGGAAGAAGGCGGAGACCUUUGUGAAGGUGAUGGAGCUGCCGUACAAGGGGAUGAGAAGGACGGAUUGGGAGUGGAAGGGGAAGAUGGGGGCGUUGUACGAUAUCAUGCUACAGCUGACGGAGGAGUUGUCAGCGCUGUUGGAGAGCGCAGAUUGUCGGCUCAAGAAGGCGGAUAAGGAGGGGGUCCAGAAGCACUUCAGGUGGCGUUGGGACGAGAGUUUGACCUGCCCCCUUCACGUGAAGGCUAUCUCGGAGAUCUACCACAAGGAUAUUGAGUGCACCAGGAACGCCGGCGACACGAAGGGAACGAUGAAGGCGCUGAAGGAGGGGAUGCUGGCAAAUAUUGAGGGCAAGGGGUGCUUCGGGCCAGAGGAGGUGAUAGAGGGGUGUGCGGAGCUUAAGGCCGGGAGGGGGGACAUGGUGACGUGGUGGAAGGUAAACGGCUGGGAGUACGCCGACCUGGCUAGCCUUGCGUGCCGUGCACUUUCACAGCCCGUUUCCGCUCCCCCGUGCGAGCAGGGAUGGGUUGUGUGGGAUGGCGUGCACACGGCACGCAGGAACAGGCUGGGGUCGGAGAAGGUGCGCGACCUUGUGUUCGUUGCACACAACUUUACCGUUGUGCACAACCACCACAAGGGUGCGGCUGGUGCAGGGCCAAGUGGGGAAGUAAGGAAGGCGGGGGUAGUGGAGGGGAACAUUCCACCCCUCCCCUUCCCGAGGGGAAGAUUAGGAGGAGGAGGAGGAGGAGGAGGAGGAGGAGGAGGAGGAGGAGGAGGAGGAGGGGAGGAGGAGGAGGAGGAGGAGGAGGAGGAGGAGGAGGAGGAGGAGGAGGAGGAGGAGGAGGAGGAGGAGGAGGAGGAGGAGGCGGAGGAGGAGGCGGAGGAGGAGGAGGAGGAGGAGGAGGAGGAGGAGGAGGAGGAGGAGGAGGAGGAGGAGGAGGUGGAGGAGGAGGAGGAGGAGGAGGAGGAGGAGGAGGUGGAGGAGGAGGAGGAGGAGACUGAGGAGGAUGAGGAUGAGUGA